UUCUUUGUUUACUACUUUACCUUGCAGGAAACUGUAUAAAAAAUGGAACAUGGUUUUGGGUUGGCGUUUUGUCUACUCACGUUGAUGUGUUCUUUAGCUUGUGCAUCAUCUGAUGGUUUAAUACGGAUUGGUUUGAAUAAGAGAAGCUUAGAUCUUCAAUCUAUGAAAGCUUACAAAAUGGCAAGAAUUCAAAACAGACAUACUGAAGGCUUGAAAUCAGUUGGAAGUUCUGAUUUUGACAUAAUCUCUCUGAAGAACUACAUGGACGCUCAAUACUAUGGAGAGAUUUGCAUCGGCUCUCCGCCUCAAAAAUUCACUGUCAUAUUCGACACUGGAAGUUCUAAUCUCUGGAUUCCCUCAGCAAAAUGUCUUUCUAUUGCUUGUUUGUUCCAUCCUAAGUACAAACAUAGGAAAUCCGAUACAUAUACAGAAAUUGGAGACCGUGUGGCAAUACAUUAUGGAUCUGGGUCCGUUUCUGGAUUCCUCAGCCAAGAUAAUGUUAAAGUUGGUGAUCUUUUGGUACAGAAUCAGUCUUUUAUGGAGGCCACCCGAGAGGGAAGUGUUACAUUUGUAUUGGCACGGUUUGAUGGGAUUCUUGGUCUGGGCUUCCAGGAAAUUUCAGUUGGUGAUGUUGUCCCUGUCUGGUACAACAUGAUUGAACAAGGCCUUGUCCAAGAGAAAGUCUUCUCAUUUUGGCUUAACCGGGACCCAAAUGCUAAGGUGGGUGGUGAGCUUGUUUUUGGUGGCGCCGAUCCAAAACAUUUCAAGGGGAAGCACACGUAUACUCCCAUUACUCAGAAGGGUUACUGGCAGUUUGAGAUGGGUGACUUUCUUAUAGCCAACCAUUCAACAGGCUUCUGUGAGGAUGGAUGUGCUGCUAUUGUGGAUUCUGGGACAUCCUUACUUGCUGGUCCAACUACAAUCGUUACUCAAAUCAACCACGCCAUUGGAGCGGAAGGAGUUAUCAGUAUGGAAUGUAAAGAAAUUGUUGUUCAGUAUGGAGAAAUGAUAUGGGAUCUCCUCAUUUCAGGGGUACGUCCUGACCAAGUAUGUGCACAGAUUGGUCUCUGCGGCCCUGGAAGGGCUCAGACCGAGAGCGCCAAUAUUCAGAUGGUUGUCGAAAGUGCUUAUGGUAAAAACAAUCCCUUGUGCACAUCAUGCCAGAUGCUUGUCGUUUGGGUCCAGAAUCAGCUAAAACAAAAGAAAACGAAGGAAACUGUGUUUGAUUAUGUGAAUCAGCUCUGUGAAAGCCUGCCUAGUCCGAUGGGAGAAUCUGUAAUCGACUGUAAUAGUUUGUCAACGCUGCCAAAUAUCACAUUCACAAUUGGAGGGAAAGCUUUCAAUCUUACUCCUGAACAGUACAUCCUUAAAACUGGAGAUGGUCCUGCUACAAUAUGUGUGAGUGGAUUCAUCGCUCUUGACGUGACUCCGCCCCGCGGUCCUCUAUGGAUUCUUGGAGACAUAUUCAUGGGUGUGUAUCAUACUGUAUUUGACUACGGAAAUCUGCAAGUGGGUUUUGCACCGGCUGCAUAGGUUUGGUUUGUACAAUAAGAACUACCGACGGUUAGGGUUUUCAUGUGAAUAUUAUAUCCAAUAUGGUCUCCUAGUGGUUUUGUAUGUUUGUAUCUUACCACUUAAUAAUGUCAUGCUUUUGGGACCUUCUAUCUUUAACUUUUUUUAUUAAUGAAAGAUACAGUUAUGGGAUUUUAC